AUGGCGUCCACACCACCAUCUUCGAACGAACCCAGAACAGGCAGGAACGUUGCUGGAGACGCCAACCUUACCCGUAACAGCAGCGCAACACGAGUCGGUCCGAUUUUUGACGAGAAACCGGAACGGCACAAUGAGAAGGAAACUGCCCCGAAUGGUGGCUUUUUCACAGACGGACCGGGCCGUGAUGAGGAAUCCGAGGGCGUAACGAACCACGAGAACGUCACUUCAAAGAGCAAUCAACCGCAAUACACUCCUGACGGCAAACGAAUCAUCUCGGAAGAUGACUGCUACCAUCUGCUCGGCUACUCGUGGCCGGCAUGGAAGAAGUGGAUGCUUCUUUCAUCCAUCUUCAUUGUCCAGGUUUCGAUGAACUUCAACACUAGUGUCUACCCUAGUGCUAUUACACCCAUCUCUGAGCAUUUUGGCAUCAGUGAGCAGGCUGCCCGUGCCUCUCAGUGUGCUUUCUUAGUUCUUUAUGCCUUCGGAUGUGAGCUGUGGGCUCCCUGGAGUGAAGAGUUUGGAAGAUGGAAGAUCUUGCAAUGCUCCUUGUUUUUGGUGAACAUCUGGCAAAUUCUUGGUGCGCUAGCCCCCAAUUAUGCCAGUAUCGUUGUUGCCAGAGCUCUGGGCGGUCUCAGCUCAGCUGGCGGUAGUGUGACUCUCGGUAUGGUCGCAGAUCUCUACCAGCCCGAUGACCAACAAUGGGCCGUUCUCUUCGUCGUGCUGUCUUCCGUGUUCGGCACUUCAGUCGGCCCCGUCGUGGGAGGUCCAAUCCAGGCUUUCUUGCCCUGGUACUGGAACUUCUGGAUCCAGCUCAUUUUCGGUGUUACCGUUCAAGCCAUCCACUUCUUCAUGCCCGAGAGCCGCUCGACCAUCAUCAUGGAUCGCGAGGCUAAGCACCGACGCAAGGCCGGCAUCGAGCCGAACGUCUACGGACCCAACGAAGUCAAGAAGCCCCGACUCUCAGCCCACGAGUUCGCAGUUACUUGGAUCCGUCCCUUUGAGAUGUUCCUCCGCGAACCCAUCGUGCUAUCGUGCUCGCUUCUGUCUGGCUUCUCUGACGCCUUGAUCUUCACCUUCCAGGAGGGGUUCAACCCGGUGUUCGAGAAGUGGGGAUUCGGUGUUCUCGAGACGGCCUGGGCCUUCAUUCCCAUCAACAUAGGAUACAUCAUCGCCUACAUGUCGUACGUCCCUUGGAUCAUCAGGGACCAGAGGGUCAUUAAGGCAAAGGGCUCCGACGCGCUUCCCCCGGAGCGUCGUCUCAGGUGGUUGCUCUACCUUGCGCCUCUCGAGACGAUCGGCUUGUUCGGAUUUGCGUGGACAUCCAUGGGACCCCCUCAGUCUCAUUGGAUCGCGCCUAUGAUUUUCUCCUGUCUCAUCGCUAUCGCGAACUUCGCCAUCUACAUGAGUACGGUUGACUACAUGAUUGCUGCGUACGGCCCCUACAGUGCUUCGGCUACCGGAGGCAACGGCUUCGCCCGUGACUUCCUCGCUGGUAUCGCUGCCAUGUACUCGACACCUCUGUACGAGAAUGUCGGCAAGACGCGUCACACGGAGUACGCAAGCACGAUUCUUGCGUGCCUUGCAUUCUUCGUGACAAUUCCAGUGUAUCUCAUCUACUGGAAGGGCCCUGUCAUUCGAGAGAGAUCCAAGUUCGCUCAGUCUCUCGACGCUGACAGGCGUGCCAAGGGCGGCCGCCGCGUUGUCGAGGCACCUGAGGAGCAGCUUGAGCCUAAGAAUCUCUGA